CCUGCACACGGUACAGCCCGGUGCCGUGUUCGGCGUGGACGGCCGGACGCCACCCGGCGGCACCUGUCAGCGUAGUUCCCGCACCGCGCGCGUCGCGUCAGCAACGUCCGCCUGAUGAGCGACGACUGCCUCAAGUCAACAGGAUAGCCUCGUCGGCGGCCCAAUUUCCCGUCCUCCGGCUCGGUUUCGCGCGUUCGCUGGGCCCAGAAUUUAUGUCUCUCCCGCCGUCCGGAAAAGUGGCCGGAUCCGCGAUCCUCGAGCCCACCACGCCGCCGGCCGUCUUGGCCCCAUCUAGACGGCAGGCGGCGGCGGCGGCCGCGUGGAACGGCAUCUAGCGAAGGCGCAGGCUCGCAGCAGCCGCCCCGCGCUCGUCUUCCCCUCUCCGAUCGCCCGCGCCAGGCGUAGCACGAGGAUGGGUCCCGGAGCCCCAUCUCUGGUACAGCUCAGUACCGAGCCCUAGUCGCCGGGCCAGCUGAGGCGGCGGCAUCAUGGCGGCGGCUGUGAGCUGGUACGGGCCGCUGAUCGACCUCUCGGCGGCCGCCAGCCAUGUCGGCGGGUUCGUGCAGCUGCUGGCGGCCGUCCGCCGCGUCCUUCCACACCAGGAACAAAAUGCUGCAACCGGGAGGACGUACCAGAGAACCAUUGUUGAAGUCGGUGACGACUCGCGGUCCAGCUUCUGUGUCUCUGUGUGGUCGUCCAAGCAGAGUUCGGGCAUAAUCGCUGGCGAUGUCUUACUAAUGCAGAAUAUUAAGAUAGUGGAGUUUAGAAGUGGCCUGGAGGGGAGAGCUUCUCAGAUAUCUGCAGUCCAAGUAUUGUUCAACUCCGAAGACUUGACAAAUCCUGAAGGAAUAGUUGAAUUAAUAACAAGUUGCAAAGUGGGAGACGCUACAAAAUCAAAGCUAAGAAGAGUGGCAGAAUGGACCCUAGGCACUAAACGUGCUCUUGGCGUAAGUCAUCAACAGUUGCAGGUGAUAUCGAAGAACUGGAAAGAAGCAAAAGAGAAGGAAUCAUCAGACUUGUUGUGUAUAUCAGAACUAUUCUCUCAGAGAAAAUUAUGUUAUAUGAAAGUUUAUGCAUGUAUCUCCAAGAUGGUUCUAGUGAGUUCGCCGACCUCCCACUUGGGACACUUGUCAGUUAUUGACAAACAUUCUUUGAAAGAGCACAAUGAAAUUGUCAGAGAUUUCAUUACUGCCGGCUGCAAGUUAUGUGGUUCACCUCUAUACCACAAAAACCUUCAUGGGAAAAACUCUUCUGCGAUAGAUUGUCCGAAUAACCCAAAGUAUCUCCAUGUUCCUGGUCAGAUAUACAAACCAUUUAUGAUAUAUGUCGAUGACCAAUCUGGACAAGUUCCUUUGCUUGUAAGGAAUAAAGCAGCGGAGAUCUUAUUUGCCAAUAUCAUUGCAGAUGAUGUAUCUGAAUGCUACAAGAGCCACAUGUUAGAAACCUCCGAGUCAGGCUGGCAGGAUCAUCAGUCUUGGAAUCAGCAGUACCUGGGCUCUGGGCCGUUUAAUACUAAUGAUGGUGCUGGCUCAAACCCCACAAAUACAAAAUGAAACAUGAAGUCAGGAGUUGCAUAGAAGAAAAGAGUGAUGCAGGGUGAUGAUGGUGAAGAUCUAAACCUGGAAGUAGUUUCUUUCAAUGCUUUAGUGUCUGCCAGAAAAUUCUGAUUUGCAACUCAGUAAAGAAAGGUUCUCUGAUGACACCAUUGUUACUUCAAUAGCAUCCUGCCCUGAAGUUACAAUGGUUAGCUGUAGCCAGCAGCCCUAUCCUUAAACUGGAUAGGCUUCUCCAGCACUGAUUAGCAGGUAGAUUGUGGUCGUUGAAGGAUCUUUUAACAACUUGAGAUGAAGGUUUUUACUCAACCAAUGAAA